CAAGGCAGGGAGGGAGAGCUGCUGUUGACAUCAUUAUGGCUCUACGGGACGAACUUCUGAAGGCGAUAUGGCACGCAUUCACAGCUCUGGACGUGGACAAAAGCGGAAAAGUGUCCAAAUCACAACUGAAGGUGCUGUCCCACAACUUGUGCACAGUGAUGAAGAUCCCUCAUGACCCUGUGGCACUGGAGGAGCAUUUUAAGGACGAUGAUGAGGGCCCAGUGUCCAACCAGGGUUACAUGCCGUACCUGAACAAGUUCAUCCUGGACAAGGUGAAAGAUAACUUUGACCGUCAGGACUUCAACAGGAUGUGCUGGACUCUGUGCGCCAGGAAGAACCUGGACCGCAGCCACCUGAUCAUCUCCGACGAGGACGGCUUCAGAGUUUGGUGCAUCUUCAACUUCCUGUCCGAGGACAGGUACCCGCUGGUCAUCGUCACAGAGGAGAUCGAGUACUUCCUGCGUAAGCUGACGGAGGCCAUGGGCGGCAGCUGGGUGGAGGAGCGUUUUGAGGACUACAAGCUGGAGCUGAACGCCAAGCAGCAGUGCCUGAGUGUCUGGGAGCUCAUAAGCCUGAUCGGAUCAGGCCACUUCAGCAAGGGUAUAGACCGCUCCACCCUCUCCAUGGGCAUCAACGAAGUCUACCAGGAGCUGAUCUUGGACGUCCUCAAACAGGGCUACAUGAUGAAGAAGGGUCACAAGAGGAAGAACUGGACAGAGCGCUGGUUCCUGCUGAAGCCUUCCACCAUCUCCUACUACGUCAGUGAGGACCUGGCUGAUAAGAAAGGCGACAUCUUAUUAGAUGGAAACUGCUGUGUUGAGUCUUUACCAGACAAGGAGGGGAAGAAGUGCCUAUUCUUUAUCAAGUGCUCGCAGAAAAGCUUUGAGAUCAGUGCUUCAGACAAGAAGAGGAAACAGGAGUGGAUCCAGGCCAUCCAGACCUGUGUGAGCCUGCUGAGGCUGGGCCGGCCAGCGCCACACCGCGAAGCCCGACAGAAGCGCCGGGAGCAGCGUCUGAGGCAGCAGGCAGAGCAGGAGGAGCUGGAGCUCAGGAUGAGGGAGCUGCAGACGGCCAACGAGGCCAAGCAGCUCGAGCUGGAGGCCAUGAGGAAGGCCUUGGAGGAGGCAGCAGCCAAUGCAGCAGAGGAGGAGCGAAGGCGUCUGCAGACCCAAACCGAACUCCAGGACCGCUACAGGAUGGACCUGGAGCGCGAGAAAAUGGUACGGCAGCGGAUGGAGGAGCAGGUGGCCCAGAAGUCCAGUGAGCUGGAGCAGUAUCUGCAGCGGGUCCGAGAGCUGGAGGACAUGUACCGUCAGCUGGAGGACGCUCUGGAGGAUGAGAGGCGCGCCAGGCAGGACGAGGAGACGGUCCGCAAGCUGCAGGCACGGUUACUGGAGGAGGAGGCGGCCAAGAGGGCGGAGCUGGAGCAGAUCCACCUGCAGCAGCAGCAGGCCAUAUCAGAGACGGAGGCUGAGAAACAGGAGCUGGAGAAAGAGCGUCUGGCUAAGGAGAACGCCCUGCAGGCCGCCAUGACGCAACUGGAGAAACUGGAGAGCGAGCGGCAGGGGGCGCUGGAGCAGUACCAGACAGUGAUGAAGAAGCUGGAAGAUGCAGCCAACAACACCAGGACCUGGAAGCACAAGGUGGCCCAUCAUGAGGGCUUGAUACGGCUCAUUCAGCCAGGUUCCAAGGGCCAUCAGCUGAUCACAAACUGGGGCCCGGCCGCCUUCUCUGAGGCUGAGCUGAGCCGGAGGGAGAAGGAAUGGCAGGAGAAGAAGAACGCGCCGACCCAGGCUCAGUAGAGCCUCUGCUGACCCUGAACCACCAUCACAGCUGAGGCUCCUAAACAGCUGAUUGAACAAAAACAAAGAGGUGAUGACAGCUACUGGGACACAAGAGAGCUUCCUGGGAGUUCACUGGUAAUUGGAUUUUCAGUGGAAUCCAAAAACUAAAAAUAUGAAGACACCAGCUCAAGAAGAUAUAAAAGUGUCAGUCAUUAAAAUGUUUUAAAUGGGAGAUACAACAGUGAUUAAUAAAAGUGUUUCAUUUUAAAGGGGCAUUAAGUGAUCCAAAAUUCAAACCACUCACCGUGCUCUGUAGGUGACCAGUAGAAACUGCAGCAACAUUCAAAAGAAGAAGUAAUCGUCGAGUUGCUGGUAUUGGCAUACAGCCCUCUGAAUAUCUGCAGAUAUAUCACAGUCAUUUUGUUUUAUGAGGCAGUUUCUUAUUGCCCUUUUUAAAUUUUUUUUAAUGGUGGAUCCAAAACGUACCCAGCAGUGUGGGAUGAGGUGUGCAUUCACUGGAUGCAUCCUGUGAGUAUUUGGAGGGUACAGACAACUCACUAAUUCUUCUACUAGUCUGUUUUUACACAAAGUUAUCAGUUCUUAGUAUUGUACAGCCGGUAAACAGUGGACACAGUCAGAUAUGUAAAAGCAGACAUGGCUAACACCCUGACAGGCUAACAGAAAUAUGUAAUACUUAUUUAAAUAUGGUUUUACUCGUGAUUUUAAAUGUGUGACUUGUAUUGGUGUCUGUGAGCCGGGGGCAAGUGUGUUCCCUGCUAUUUUUUCCUCAUUUUGUUCCAUUUAGCCCCAACUAUGGUUGUAUCGAUGAAGUGCACUACUUUUCAACAGAGCCUGUUGACAAACAAGGGACCACGUGAUGACCAGUGAAAACAGCAAAAGUGGUAAGCCACUAUUUUAGCUUCAGGCUGUGUUAAGUGUAGUUUGUAGUGUUGAGGGCUUGGCGAGCCGUAUCCAUACUAUUGUAUGGGUCUAAGGUCUGUAAAGAAUUAACCACUUAAAGUGUUACAAACGACGACUCACAUUCCUGUCAUUUUUGCUCUUUUUAACUCUUUGGGACUGUUUUCCGUGGAGAUUACAAGGGAUUUGUGUAAAUAUUUUAACACCGGUUGUCUUGUUUGUUUUUCACACACUGGGUAACAUAGGGCUAUAAUAUUUUCCCCAAUUAACAAACCUAUGUUGUGAAGAAAAUCGCCUGUCUUUAAACACUCGGUCAGAGAUUGGGCAUUUUGCCAAAGCCUCAGUGGAAACAGGAGUGCUAACCGCAGAACAUGUGUGCCAUUGCCUUGGGACCAUCAGUGCCUUUGAUACUGUCAUCAUUUGUGAACACUGGUUUCUAUUUUGUGUUUUUAUAUGUAUGUAGGCCAUACAGCUAAAGACUGAACUAUGUAAUAAAACAUGUCGUGAAUAACUGG